AGUACUAAGGUGAUUUUUGGGUCAUAGAAACAAGCUGUGUUUUUAUCUAUUUUUAGUUUAUGUUAGUGAUUAUGACGAUCCUUGAUCAGUUAAACGACCUACAGAUAUCACUACCUAUGUUUAAAUAAAUAUAUCAUAAACCAGCUUAUCAUUAUUUCAUAAUAAUAAAACUUGACUCAGAAAGCUAAGCGAGUGACAAAAGAUUUACUCUUCCGACAAGAUGCAUCAAAUAUCAUUAAUAUAAUUAAAUAUUUGAUGUUAUUUUUAUUGCAAGGCCAUUAUGAAUUCAUUGCCAUUAGAGAUUAUCACUGGUAUAUUAGAAUAUUUAUCUCCAAGUUCUCGUAGACAAAUGAGAUUGAUAAACAGGAAGUGGUAUUUUGCAUCAUUACAUCCAUCAUUAAUAAAAAAUGAACUUAUAACAUAUCAUGAACAGUUCUCAGACUGUCAAAAAAUUAAAAAUUCUGAUAUUGAUGCCGUAGAAAAUUUGAAAAAUAUUAUUACUUUAUCUGAAAGAAAAUUAUUCAACUUAAAACUUUGCAGUAUAAAUCCUUCAAAUAAUUUAACAAAUUUUCAAUUGUUGAAAAAUAAUCUAGUAUCAUUAUAUUUAUGGGAUAUAUAUUGUCUAACAGAUAUAUUUUUUGAAACUAUCUUGGAAUGUCACAAUUUAGAAAUUCUUGAGCUAAAGAAAAUUGGUACAACGUCAAUUAAUGUAAAAACUCGUAAAAAAUUAUUAAAGUUGAAACGAUUAGAUUUUGACCAAAUAAAUUUAACAGAUAGUGAUUUUACUCAAAUAAUUUUGUGUACACCCAAUAUCAUAGAUAUUGGUUUUAAAGAUUGUCAUAUUUUAGAAUGGCCGCAAGCAAUAAAAAGAUUUUAUCCGAAUUAUUUUUCUUCGAUUUUUAAAUAUUUCAAUUCUAAUGAUAUAUUUACACCAAAAAAUAUUGUAAAUAAUUUAGUAACUAUGAAAAAUCUAAAAAACUUGAGGUUGAACCAAUGUUGUUAUAUUUUUUUACAAUUGUCACAGAAAUUAACAAUUGUAUCUCUUAUUUUAAAUUUAGUUAGUAAACAGUCAUACAAUAAAAUCUUACUUAAAGAAGUCCUAAGUACUCACAUAUCUCUUAUAAAUCUAGAAGUUUAUUCUUUGCCUUAUUCCUUGCUUUCAGCAGUAUCUAAACUUCAUAAUCUUAAAUCAAUUAAAAUUAUAUUAUUGACAAAUCCAAACGAUUACACCUUGAACAGCCAAAAAGUUGUUCAUCUUAAUAAUUUUUUUAUCUCUUUAUGUAAUUUUCAUCAUCUUAAAGUAUUUACCCUUAUACCUUCAAUUGAUCACUCUUUGUUUCCUCAGGCAGUUAUUCCAGACAAAAUAUUAAUCAAAUUAAUAUCUUUGGAUUGUUUUAUUGAUGACUGUUUAAAAUUAACACAACUUGGAAGUAAUUUAACAAAUUUAAGAAUACGAAAUGGUGAUAUUUUAACUGUAGGACAUUUACAACUUAUUUUUACACAUUUAACCAAGUUGAGAUUUUUGUGGAUUGAUAAAUGUCAUACUUUGAACGAUAGUGUUAUUAUAAAAUCAUCAUCAACAUUAGGAGAAAAAACCUGUAUAAUUUCUAAUCUUAAGGGUGCUGAGUUGACUCUUGAAGUAUUACGUACAGUUAAACUAUUAGAUUUAAGAGAGUUAUGUAUAAGCAAUAUUACCAUACUUGAGUGUAUAAAAUUGAAAAAAUUUGAUGAAUUUGAUAAAAGUUGUAAAUUACUUGGUCAAAAUGUUCCUGAUUUAGUACAACUAUCAUUAGAAAUCUUACAAGACGAAGCUAGAACAAUCAGACAUUCAAAUUAUGAAUAUUUUAACCCUCUCUUGAAAAAUGAAUUAAUAAAAUCUUAUUUUAAAACAUUAAAAAAUGUUAAUAUUUUAUGUUGAUUUAUUUGAAGAUUAAUUUUGCAUAAGUCAAUAAUUGUAAUAUAAUAAGGCUUUCAUAACUCAGACAUAAUUAUGUUUUACCUUGUAAAAAAUAUUAUUUUUUUAACAUGAAUUAGGUUGAAUAUUUAAUUAAAGAUAAUAAAUGUUCAACGACAAAAUAGAAUUAAAUUUAAAGUUUGGUUCAUGUAGUGUUGAUAUCUGUAAUUAAUGUUAGUAUAUAAUAGAGUAAUGUAAUUUUUAAUAAGUUGAAAAUUUUGUUAUAUUUCAGAUUAUUAAGUUUUAAA